AUGUUGCCCGUAAGAAAUCCGUCGUUACAAAGAAGCACGCACCUAUUAAUUACCUACUUUCUUUGUCUGAUUCCUAGAAUUCACUCCCUGCCGUUGAGCAGGAAGGCAUCCGCACCAGCAUCAGAUGUUGCUAGUAUAGCGGAGGGAAAUCCAAAUAUUACAACGUAUGCAAUUGUAUCGAUGAUUUUGGUCUUACUGGGUGGUGUCUUUGCAGGUUUAACGUUAGCCUUAAUGGGCCAAGAUGAAGUUUAUUUGAAAGUGAUGAGUAGUUCAGGUUCUCCACAGGAAAAAAAGUCCGCCAGAAGAGUCCUUUCUCUGAUAUCUCGAGGUAAACAUUGGGUCCUUGUUACCUUACUUUUAUCUAACGUGAUCACCAAUGAGUCUCUGCCUAUCGUGUUGGAUAGGUGCCUUGGUGGUGGAUGGCAAGCUGUAGUAUCAUCCACUUGUUUAAUUGUCAUUUUUGGGGAAAUCAUACCGCAAAGUAUUUGUGUUAAAUAUGGGUUACAAGUCGGUGCAUUUUUUGGUCCCUUCGUUCUCGUGUUGAUGUAUUUGAUGUACCCUGUGGCAUACCCAAUUGCAUUGUUAUUGGAUUAUUUAUUAGGGGAAGAUCAUGGGACCAUGUACAGAAAAUCUGGUUUGAAAACAUUGGUAACAUUACAUAGAACGAUGGGAGUAGAUCCAGUAGAAAGAUUGACUCAAGAUGAAGUUACCAUUAUCUCUGCAGUGUUAGAUUUGAAAGAAAAACGUGUGGAAGAAAUUAUGACCCCCAUUGAAAACGUUUUCACCAUGAGCGCAGAUACCAUUUUGGAUGAUAAAACUGUGGAAUUAAUCUUUAAUUCUGGGUUUUCUAGAAUACCGAUUUGUUUACCCAAUGAACCAACAAAUUUUAUUGGUAUGUUACUUGUUAGAGUGUUAAUCUCUUAUGAUCCUGAUGAUUGUUUACCCAUUUCUCAUUUCCCAUUGGCAACUUUACCUGAGACUGGUCCAACCACUUCAUGCUUAAACAUUUUAAACUACUUCCAAGAGGGAAAAUCCCACAUGUGUAUUGUUAGUAAAGAGCCAGGUUCAUCUCAAGGCGCUAUUGGUAUUUUGACUUUGGAAGAUGUCAUUGAAGAAUUAAUUGGUGAGGAAAUUGUUGAUGAAUCUGAUGUAUUUGUUGAUAUUCACCAGCAUAUCAUGCGUGAACAACCUGGGCCUUUGAGUAAAAGGCAUGUUACGUCUUAUUUACAUCAUUUAUACACUGAUUCCCAUAAGAAACAUCAAGAGAUGUUAAAUCAACAAGAACAAGAAAGAGAUAGGAAUAGGAAUAGACGUUCACCACCAUCUGACUCAACAGAUAAGUCGAAAGAGAAGAAAAGAAGUGAAAGUCAGCCAUUAUUAUUGUCUCCAACAAAGCAAGGAGAUUAUUCCACCAUUUCCAAGGAAUCGAAUUCACAUGUGAAUCUAACCACUCGAUCGUCGCCACCAUUGCCCUCACAAAAUGAGUAUAGGUCUGGUAGAGUAUAUUCUACUCCAGGUCCCGUGGAAUUCCAAACACAGAAAUUGUUACCAUCGAAUUUAGCAUCUCACCCUCUUGAUAUUAAGAAACCGUUUGUCAUCAUUAAGAAACCCAAUGAAAGUUUAACUCGAACAGACAUUACAAGACCUCAAGAAGAUUCAGAUGGUUACCUACGUGAGCCAUUUACAAAGGAAGAGGACAAAUUAAUUGAGCAACAUGCCAAGUUAGCUGAACAAGCACUUGAAUAUACAAGGAAGUCGGGAGAGCCUACUCAAGUAACGACAUCCAACGCAUUAUCACCAACCAGUUCGUCGCCAUUAAAUGACGCUGGAUAUUUGGCAUCCCGUAGAAGUUCCGAUACUAAUAGGGCAGCACAGGAUAAGAACCUCAUGAUCUCAUCUUCUUAUAAAUCUACUAACAAUGGUAUUGUAGAAUCGAUAAUUACAGUGAAGGGUGUUCCAAAGACUAUUAUUGAGCCAGCGCAUGACUGGGAACAUUCCAGUAACAAUGUGACAUCAAAUAGCACUGAUGAAAACAGCGAUGAUAGCAGGAAAUCCUCCCUAGCAACAACUGCUACCACUCAAAGAUCAACUCUUGGUGUUUCUCCAAAAUGA